AUGGCAAAAGUAUUAUGCAUUACGCAAUUAAUAAUGACGGAAUAUCUUUGUUCGCAAAUUAAUAACACAUCCGGUCUGCAAUUAGAUAUUUAUUUCAAUUCAAUGACAUCAUAAACACUAUUGCUUACCUUGGGAGUAUUGAUGGUUUUGGGAGCCACAGCCUACAUGAACUAUGAUAGCAACGUUAGCACUAUAGAUCACGGGUUCACAGCAGAUUUUGCAUCGUUUAUAAAAUCUUUUGAUUCCAAAUAUGAUUUCAUCAGAUCCGAUAUCACUUGGUCCACAUAUGGGUAAGCAAUUGAUCUAUUAUUCCUUCUAGAGGUGCCGAAACUAGACCAACCACUGCUCCAUCCAAAUAUCCUAUCGUUUUUAUUCAUGGAAACUCUGAUAUUGGAGCUGGUAAUGGUGGAACUGUAGGAUGGUAGACUGGAUUCACAUAACUUAUUGAAUAUCUAUAAACCAAUGGAGGAUACACAAAGGCUGAUUUGUACGUAACAACUUGGGGUAAUUUUUAUAAUAAUAAAUUUGUAGGUCCUGCCAAUCCAAAUUUGGCAUCUUAAAACAGUCACAAUGAAAAAUAUGUGAUGACUACUAGACGUUUCAUCGAAGGAGUCCUUGCUUAUACCAAAGCCAGCAAAGUUAUUGUCAUUGGUCAUUCAAUGGGAGUCACUUUGGCAAGAGCUGCCAUCAUUGGUGGAACCUAUUCAGAAUCAUUGCUAACUAAAUUUACCGUUGGAAGUCCCAUCACCAGUUCCAUUGCUGCCUUCUUCGGAUUAGCCGGUGCUAACUAUGGAUUAGUCGAUUGCACUUAUGCAACUGGAUUACCCACAUGCAGCACAUACAAUGGAUUUUCACCAUCAUCACAAAUGCUCUCUUCCUUGAACUCAAAAACUCGUAGAGAAGGUGCCAAAAUUUAUUCUUUCUGGUCUCCAAACGACGAUAUCAUCAAGUACAACUGUAUUGUGAACCAAAAAAACACUUGCAUUGUGCCUGGAAGUGACGAAUCAGUAAUUCUAUUGUUAAUAACUUUAGUUCUAAUAAAGUGGAUACACACACUUUGAUGUAAGAGAUAAGUUUUCAGCUGACAUACUUCGUCUCAUAUAGAAAUUAUGAUUAUUUUAUAUAUUAAUUAAAU